AUGCCCCCGAGCUUCCCCGUACAGCCGGUGAUGCGCUUCGUAGGCGCCAGCCAACCCGUCAAGAGACCCAAGGAAAUAGCCUGCUUCUCUUAUGACGAGAACCAUGAGUAUCGCCCUGACGAUUCAUCCCUGAAAUACUAUUACCCUCCACAGCUUGGGGCCGAUCUGUCUCGGGGGUUCAACACCUUUAUCAAGCAUGAUGAUUCACAAGAUGAGCAUCUCGACAGCUUGUUAAAGGCCAUCAUGUUGCACGAACAGGAGACAGGCACGAGGAUAGAUGCAAAGAUCGUCACCUGGAGAGGCAUGAUGACCAAGAUAUUGGCUGCGCCGUUUGAGAAAUAUGACGGCUUUGAAAUGGAUGCCACAUUAUACCAGAACCACGCACACAAGAUGCUCUCGAGGCAAAAGGAGCCUCGCGGCAAUCCCGGGAGGGGACCGCCUCCCGAGGUCAUGCAAUUUUGGGGCUACAAGUUUGAGACGCUCUCAACGCUUCCCGCUCCAUGGGCAGAGACCUCGCGAGACUUUAUCGAGGGCAGAGAAACCCAAGUCGUCAACAACAAGGAGCAAUACUGCUCCAUCGUACGCACAGGCAUCGGCAAGACGGUCCUCUGCCUCGGAGGCGAAGUCGAUGCAAUCUGGGACAGCAAACCCCACGAAAAAGGCGCCCCCAUCAACUGGGUCGAGCUCAAAACGAGCUCUGAGAUCCGCCACGCCGGCGACGUGGAAGCCUUCCACCGCAAGCUCAUGAAGUACUGGAUCCAGUCCUUCCUCCUCGGCGUGCCCAAAAUCAUCGUCGGCUUCCGCACUCGCGACGGCGUCCUCGUCGACAUCAAGGAGAUUGAGACGCAGCAGAUCCCCCAGACGGUCAACGCGCGGCCGAACGCCCCCUGGAACGCCGACAUUUGUGUCAACUUUGCGGCUGCGUUCUUGGAGUGGCUCACGCAAACCAUCAAUGACGAAGGUGUCUGGAGAAUAUCCCGGCGUUCUGCUCACUCACCCGUCAUCGAAGUCUACAAAGUCGAGGAGACAGGACACGGCGAUAUCCUGACAGACGACUUCAAGAACUGGAGAAUCAAGCUGGAUCUCGAAACAAAGGAGUCUUGA